GGAUGCAGAGAUCAGCCAGCGCAGGGAUCUGUUCAAGGCCGGGCUCCGUCUGUCUGCGCGCUACGGCACACACUGCGAGUCUCAAGCAGACAAGAAGAAGCAGCAACGGUCGAGAUACACAGAAGACACGGCUGACAGACGCUGCCAAGUGUGUCAGCAUCUGUGUUACCUCUCCAUGGUUGUUCACGAAAGUGACAACGUGGUUUUCUGUCUGGAAUGUGCUCUUCGAUACAUCCAGAAGCGCAGGUCCCCCCGUGGCCUCAAGAUGAUGUUUCGUUACACUGAGGUACUUGACUGUCUACAGCAAGUGGAUAUAAAAUACCA